ACUUUGGAGAGAUUUAUCAUUUAUCUAUGCAAAUUUCACUCUAGCGUGUAUAACAAUCUUACAUUUCCCCGCCGCUAGAGCUAUCUCCCUCGAUCACACUAUAAAUUGCAUUUGCAUAAGCCAAAUGCGCUCUCUUUUAGUCUGGCAAUUGACAGUGGCAACAGCAAAUCGCGAUCCGCAAAUUCUUUUCUUUAAAUUGUUAAUUUUAUAUUAAAUAAAGUGGCAAAAUUGUUAUCUAGUUGUUAAAUAAAUUGGAAUUAAGUGCAAAGACAUUUUCUAUUAAUUCCGCGCCGCAAGUGAGUGCUAUCUCAUCCAUUCUCAACGUCUUCCGGACAUCCCCCAAAUUCUACAACGUCCGGGAGUUUGACCUCCCGUCAACCUUGAGCAUCUUCAGCACAUCCCAGUGCUUCUCAAGCACUUCCUGUGCGUCGUAGGCACAUCCUGGUGCAUCCCAGGCACCCCCAUAAGGCAUCGAAGCCCCAUUCAAGGCAGUCCAGCCCACAGUUGGGCCACCACCACCGCCAAAGAGAGAGAUCGUGGCAAGCCCAGGUCGAAAGAGGAAAAUUUUUGGUCCUCGACCCGGAGGGCUCCCACUGAUCACUUAUUCUCUCUUAUUCACAGGUGAGCUCAUCCCCAAGUCACCGUAGACCACCGUGGCAUCUUUAAUAUACAGUCCACUAAUUAUCAUCCCUUGUGUCUUUAAGGUGAGCUCAUCCCCAAGUCACCGUAGACCACCGUGGCAUCUUUAAUAUACAGUCCACUAAUUAUCAUCCCUUGUGUCUUUAAGGUACGUGACCCGCCACACACAUUUUUGGUCAAUUCGAGCCGUCACGGUUCUGAAUUCGACUCAGCGAUCUUCAUCGCCAACGGUGCCUGCUACGGUGCUUCCAACGGGCUACCCGGACUUUGCAAUUUCUGUGCAACCUUCUGCAAUCAUCCACCUAACAAUGGAAGUCAACCUCAGGGAAGGCAUUCUCCAAGCCAUGGAGACAAUGGAAGCCUUUGUCUUCUCCCUGACCGAAGAUGAUCUUCCGGGAGUGAGCCAUGACCAGCUGCUCACCCAACUUGAUCUCGUACAAUGCCUCGAGAAGAUGUACGAGGAUGUCCAGCAGCAAAUCAUCGCAUCGCAGCCCACUCCAACACUCCAAGCCUCCGAGAUUGCAGCAAGGCAGUCAACUCGCUGCAGAUUCUUCGCCCUCAAGGAUUGCAUUGAAGAAGCCAUCGAUCAUCUGCCCGCUGAAGUCGCACCCAACCUCAAGUCUCUGCAAAUCCGAGCAGUCAGUUCAGCUCUAAUGACGGCACUCCAGAUAGAGAAUCAGCGCAUCCUGCAGCACAAGCAACAAGAGCUCCAAGCAACACUUCUGGCGCACUCAAAAACCGCAAGUAGUCAAAAUUGUAAUGCUCAUGUUGCCCAUUGCCAAUCCAAUGCUGCCCCUGAUGCCCAUUCGUGUGAGUUGCCCCACGAAAAACCGCCAACAAUCAUGCCCUCCGCCUCAUUCGCUACUCCGCGACAGUGUCAAGCCCCUUCUGAAUCCCCUACGGCAUCUUAUGUCAUCCAAGUGGCUGCUGCAACCCCUACCGCCAGUCAGGUCAUGUUGGACAAUUAUGAUUCAGAAGUUAGGCUCCCCGAGGGGAGGAAAAAUGAUCACCAUAAAAUAGAGUUGAACACUUUGCCAAAUUGUAGAUGCGAUAAAGAUUUACAUCCAUCCACGCUAUGCUCCAAAGUCAAUGCACUCCCCAAUCCAAAUGCCACUCAUCCUGAAUCACAUUUACCUGCCAAUUGUGAACCAAAUCCUUUGCUUGCUGAUUGCCACGUGUCCACUGCAACAUCAACCUGCCGAUGUUGCCCCAAAUUAUCUCACCAUUUGGCAAACUCUACCGAUCCUCCGCCAUUGAAGCCAAAUGUGAGUCCACCUACCACCGUGAGGAACCCAAUCUUGUGUCGGAUCCUCCCGCCUGAAUCCUCCAACGCCACUACUCCGCCUGAGUACAACAGAAUCCGGGACAGGCACAAGACCACUCUCCAAGGGAACCCUGUAGAUGAUGCAUCUGCCAACCUGCCGGCGCCAUUCUCAUCUUCUGCAAUUCCCGCCGCCAUUGCUCAAUCCCCGCUAGUUUCUGGUGAUCCUGCCACGUCUUUAUGUUCACCAGACUCCCUUCCUGUUGCUGCUGCGGACUCAAGUCGCUCAUUCCUGCCAAACCUGAUGCCUCCUUUAGCGAUUGAGCCAGCAGAAACCAUCACUGUGGACAUCCAGACACUUCCGUGCCACGACCUGAGUGGACGGACAUCCUUGGAUCCGGAACUGAGCAUUCCGAUCUCCCAUUCGGACAGUUCUAUAUUGAGCACUGGUCGGUCCUCCACUCCAGCUAGUUCCAGCCUCUCUAGGCAAACCUCACGGUCACUGGGUCAAUUCCGUACUUCCAAUCGCCGCCUUCUGCCAAAGACUUUCGGAGCAAUUCUUCCAUGGCCACCAGACACAGUUGCCAUCCAACCUUCUUCCUGUGUCCGGCCUCCAGAUGUCUUACAUCCAUUACCGGCUCAGAGGCUAUCCCUUAGCUCUGCGACGCCAAUCCCGCUUCAGUUUUCUGACGCUGCAUUCCAGAAAGCCAUUCGAUGCAAACCAUUCAGUCUUGGCCUUCCCAGUUCUCGUGAAAUUGAUCUUGGACUUGUCGUUGUUGAUGAACCGCCUCUCCUCACUCUGGAUUCCAACAACAUCCGUGGCUCUGCAGUCACCUUUCUGCCAACGCAACUCCAAACGGUACACCAAUCUCCGGAUCAUUUCAUGAAGUCUUAUCCUCCGCCGGAAGCCAUGAUGAACUGUGAUGACAACCUUGCGCCUCAGUCUCCCACGGCUGAUCAAUCCUGUUCAGGAGAUUCUCCUCCAUCAUCCGGUGACAUUCAGCCCGAAGAAACGUCACAGAAAUCUCUCAAUCAACGCGCACUUGACAAUUCUCCGUUCUCAUUAGACGCCAGUGCAGAAGACCUCAAGUGUCGCUCCUCAAUGGGAAUCUCAUUUCCCACACUUCUGAUGAUGACCAUGGCCUAUCCCUCGGACACUCUGACAAGCUCAAUGAAUCCCAUGAACACACUCAUUCCAAGGUUCAGCCCUGUGGCCUCACUUGUUCAUGGAUUACAAGUUGUCUGGGAGGAUCCUCGGCCGCCAGAAGAAAAUGAAGGAUGGAUUUCGGCGACAACUUUCCCGAUGACGUCUGCCAUGCAUCGCUGGAUUCAUCUUCAUCCGCUACCUCACAUCCCAUGGAAGGAUCUCAACUUUGGAUCAACGCUGCCAUCGUUGGAUCAGGAUUGUGGAUUACUGAAGAAUCCACCCCAACUCAAGAUCCCUUCCUCCAUUCCUAACUCUUCUUUCAACCGGGUGCCAUCUUCUCCCGUUACAAAUUGCUUCCACCUUAGUUCUAUCCCACUGUUCUUACACCACUGAUAGACUAGCACACAGAAAUUAGAAGUCAAUUUUGUCGCAUCCCGGGGAGCUUCGCUCAUUAAGUUAGGAAUCAAUUGCUUAUUAUUGUUCAUUAUUUUGAAAUUUGAAUUAUCCAUGAAAUUAUCUGCCUGAAAUUAUGUACCCUACAACCAAGAAGUAGGCCCUCUCUUGCCAUUAGAAUUUUCCAAUCCCGGGAGCCACCCCGGGGAGCUUUGAAACAUUGAAACUUUCCAAUCCAGUUGUCAAAUCAAUCACUUGAACUUUGCCUAUUUCCAAUCUCCAAGGUUAGUUUAUUUCUAUCACAUUACUUAGCCAGCAUUUUCUCACUACCAGUAGAAUCAGAAUAGUUCUUUGAACUCGCAAAUUCUUGGAAUUAACGAGUCCACCCGGGGAGAAUGUUCGGGCUUCAGCCGAAUGCUCUGAAGAAUUUAAUUUAGCCAAAAUAAUUAAUUCCCAUUUGUAGAACACUUUGGAGAGAUUUAUCAUUUAUCUAUGCAAAUUUCACUCUAGCGUGUAUAACAAUCUUACAUUUCCCCGCCGCUAGAGCUAUCUCCCUCGAUCACACUAUAAAUUGCAUUUGCAUAAGCCAAAUGCGCUCUCUUUUAGUCUGGCAAUUGACAGUGGCAACAGCAAAUCGCGAUCCGCAAAUUCUUUUCUUUAAAUUGUUAAUUUUAUAUUAAAUAAAGUGGCAAAAUUGUUAUCUAGUUGUUAAAUAAAUUGGAAUUAAGUGCAAA